UUCUUAUUUCAGGUUUCCGCUUCCGGUAAAGGUGUUUUGAUUACUGGCUGUGAAGCUCCCAUUGCUUGGUAUUUAGCUAAGAAAUUAGAUGAUUUGGGCUUUACUGUUUACGCCGGUUUCAACACUCCCAUCGAAGACUCCGACGAAGCUAAAAUUUUGAAAGAAGAAACUUCCGGUCGCAUGAAAUGCAUUUACCUCGAUGUUACCUCAGAAAAAACUCUUUUGGAAGCCGCCUUGUUUGUCUCCGAACAUUUGCCACACAACUCUCAUGGUGUCCCCGCUAAAGGUUUGUAUGCUUUGAUUCAUUGUGCCCACUGGGUGGCUUUGGGUGAAUUGGAAUGGAUUCCAUUUGCUGUAUUGCGCAAGUCUUUGGAUUUGAAUUUGCUAGGUGCCGCUCGUUUGACUCAAUUGAUGUUGCCAUUGUUGCGUGGUGGUCACGGUCGUGUUGUUUUCAUGACAUCCGGUAAGCUUGUAAUUAGAGAACACAUGAACUAA